UUCAGAUAUUGAAUGUUUAAAUUUUCUAAUCAUUAUUCUGAUGCUGAUAGAAUUAUAACGCUUAACCAAAGUUGAUUUAUUGGAAAAUAAUAAUUAAGUGUAAUUAAUGUCUUUAAAUUUAGAGAAGAAAGGAAGAAAAAGAAGCCAAAUUUUUAAAUAAAAAUAAAUAUUCAGUUAAAUCAAAGCCUACCAGAAAAAGAUGGAUAGAAAAGAAUAGAGCACUUUAGACUAAAAUCGUUGAAAAAAACAUAACAAUAAUAAAUUCAAGAACACCAAUAGUUAAAAAUAAAUAAACUUAUGAAUAUAAAGUUUAAUUAUGCAUCAAAUCUAACAAUUUUGCAUGUUAAUAAAGCUUAUGUUGUUUUGUGAAAGAAUUUCAUUAGGAAGCUAAACAAAAACUUCAAAAUAUUGAUAAUUAAGAAAUAAGUAUAAGCGUGCCUUGUGCUGACCAGAAAAAAUAAGCAUUAAAAUAUUGUUAGCUAUUGAUACAAAGAAUUUUUAGGCUUAUUAGGUUGCUAAUGGAAAUAUUAACUAAUGGAUAUACAUCGAACUACUUUAAAUUUAAUAAGAGCUUCAAACAACAGUAUGAAAACUAAUAAUUUUUGAUAAUUAUUUUUUUUAAUAGCCCCUGUUGAUAAGAGUAAAAUACUUGAUAAGGCGUUGAAUGGAAUUUUCUAAUUAUUCCUACCACCUACUCUCCUUAGAAAAAUCCUAUUGAAAGAGUGUGGAAUAACCCUAUAUGAUCA